CGAUAAUUUUGGAACGAAAAUUGCCGUUCAUUACAAGCCAGUAGGAUAUUUUUGAAAUCUAUCCUGGUAACAAUCCGAAAAAGUCAAGAUUACAAGAAACACUAUUUCUGAAAAAGAAUUUGAAGAUAUUAAAGAAAAAAAAAUGAAUCCAAUCAUUAUCGCACAACUUUUGAUGUUGGUUUUGGUUAAUCAAGUUCAGGAAGCCAAACCAGAAACUGUUGGAUAUCCAUUGAUUUGGAGAAAAUCUUCGCAUGACAUUGCCAAAGAAAUUGUUCAAGGUGAAUUUCAUAUUCAUCUCGUAAACCCAUGUGAUAUUAUUGACGAAUUACGCAUGGAGAAGAACCGAACUGGAAUAAGUUAUUUGGAAAAAUUUGAUCACAUUAGAUGUUCAGCAAUGUACAUCAAAAUGAUUAAAAGACCAUUGAAGAAAUAUUGCAAAGAGGAAAUGGUCGAAGAAGAACACCAAAUUGCUAAAAGAGGUGUAAUCAGUAUUGCAUAUGANUUAACAAGAAACAAAAAGCAAUUACAUUUGAAGAAGGUGAUAUG